GUCAACAAUGGUCGUUCGGUAAAAAGACGCCAGCAGCAAGUUAUUUAGAUUUCAGGAUCAAACAAAUUAAACUUUUAAUAAGUUACUUAAAUAAGUGUUUGUUCAUCACUCUGUUAUAAAACAUCAAUAACAAACAGCAACUCGAUGGACACGAGUGCUGAGUUUACGUAUGCCUUAAUAGAGGCAGUUCGGAAACGUCCAAUUUUGUUUUCCGACGCGCUAAACUUUUCGAAAAGGCGUGAACAAUACGCAGCAGCAUGGGUGGAAGUAGCCAAAGACCUUGGUGUGGAAGAACAUGUCGCAAGUCUCAAGGACCGCUGGAGAGUUAUACGAUGCGCUCAUGGCAGAUAUCUCCGGGUCGGGUACCGCAUGCAAGUUCCCGGGAUUCACGAUAAACUAAGCUUUCUGAACCCGCACAUGGACAUCAAACCGAAAGAACCGAAAGAUAUCAAACCUGAAGAUAGUUUGGAGUACGCAAUCAAGCUGGUGAACUACGUACGGCAGUAUCCUUACUUGUACGAUGGAAGUAAUGCUUUAGCAAGACCCGAGGCUUGGGAAGCGGUUGCGGCCAAACUCGGAGGUGGAGCAACUGCAGAAAGCAGCAUGCUAACGUGGAAGAAGAUUCAUUAUUAUUACAAGUUCCACUUGCAAAAAGGAUAUAUUGCAAAGCCAAAGGGAAUCGCACCGUACCUUGCCUUCUUAAGGCCGUUUAUAGAAGAACCGGUUGAGAACAUAGAAUUUAGUUUAGCAAGAGAAUUGAUAGAAACAGUCCAGCAAUAUCCCGCACUGUACGACGGCACUCAGUCUGGGCAAAAUGUUGUGCUCUGGAACGAGGUAGCGCAGCGCUUGGGGAACGUAUUUUCGGUCGAAACAUACAUUACCAAGUGGGCGUGGAUGCGGGGCAAGUACGAGCGGCAUCUGAAAACCGGAAGCAAAAUGGUACCGUGCGGAAUUGAAGGCCACCUGACAUUUUUGAACGCGUUUAUAGCGGGCUUCGCGCCGAAAAGACCGCUCCCAGCGUCAGCUGAACAGCUUGUCCGGCCUGUAGGGAAGGCAGUUCCCGCUACAGGCCGGAGGGUGGAUCGUCUGCACGUCGAUGAGUCGGAUCCGGAUGCCCAGUUUUUGCUUACGUUUCUGGAAUUAAUGACAAAGAUGAGUGAAUCACAAAAAAGGCAAUUCAGAAUUGGUGCGGUAAAGGCAUCCCGCGCGGUUUUGGAUGGUGUGGUGAGACGUAAAGUUGUUAAAUAAACCAAUUUAUUUUUUUA